UUUGUUCACUCGGUCUUUUCCAUUAUAUCAAAGACAACAGUGUGAAGUGUGCGGCAUGACAAAAAAAAUGUAGUUUUCAGACAUUUUUAUACUUUUUUAGAGAAAUUUUACAAUUUCUUUUUGACUUUUUAAAAGACGUAAAAUGCGUUUUACCGAAGCAGAGUUUCAUUAGUGAAUGUGAAUAAUCAGGAAAUCCAUUGGAUUAACCAGGUAUUAUGCAUAAAACAACAAAAGUAAAGUUUGCAUGAAGCUUUCUGGGCUUAGGUGCGUGGUCGGGCCCAUAGAACCGAUUUCGAAGGAAAUUCCGGACAUGAACUUUGUCCCAGUGGAGCUGCCGUACUAAUUCCACAACAGAAGUAACGACGAAAGUCUCACUUCUUGAAAAGGGACUUGGCGUCCUGCAGCCUCUACUUGACUAAAACGGUAUUUGUUCAAAUUUCAUGUCCAGUUGAACUCCACUCGGUGCACGCCGAAGCCUUUCGGGAUAGCUUAGCUUAGUUUAUCUUAGCUUAGCUUGCCAGCCCACGACAAUGCGACGCCUUUGUGAGCAACGCAUCGCACGGAGAGCGCAAGUGUGAGGCUAAAAUGUUGUGACGAUCGCGUGAAAAUGGAUGCGAGAACGACUUUUGGUUACGCGCGGGAACUUUCUGGAGCAAAACGGGAGAAGGAGCCACUGGACGACGUCGCGGUUUUACCGCAGCACCGAGACGUGUCGCACACCGCAGACGUCGGUGUGGAGGAUCUACGCCGUCAACGUCGGGAGCCGCAAGAAGAUGAGCAAGAGCCGCCCGGCCUAAAAGAGGAAGCGCUGCCCCAGCCGCCUCACGUCAAAGAGGAAGAGAUGGAGGACGACAGCAACAAGGUUGCGUUUGCCGCUCGGAUUGUGAAGAGCGAGCAAGACAUCAGUGAAACAUAUCUUCAUACUCAGCAACAAGCGUUAGAGUCCCGUCACAUAAAAGAGGAGGAGGAGUUUGAUUUCACCAGUUUGCCGUUAACUGGUGUCCCUUUAAAGAAUGAAGAAGACCGAGAAAAAGGUCAAAGUGAGGAGAACAGAGGGGAGGAGCUUCCAAGCAGCAGCUCAAGUCAACAAACGACGACGGGCGCUGAUGGCGGCCAGUGGGGAGGUUCACAAGCAGAAGGCCUCUUGGCUCCGCUACCAGGUAGCGACGAUGCCACGUCACACGCUCACGACAAUAACGACGACAACAAUGAUGAUGAUGAUGAUGAACUCUCUAAUGGUGAUAUGACCCAUCGCAGUGACAACAAGCGUUGGGAAUGUUCUCAGUGUGACAAAACCUUUGACGCCAAGUAUACGUUUAAAUUGCACUUGACCAUGCACACUACAGAGAAACCUUUUGUCUGCUCAAUUUGUGCUGAAAGAUUCACCCAAAAAGCUACUUUGGCAACGCACAAAAAAUCACACGCUCGAGAGAAAUGUUUCACUUGCUUAGUUUGCCUCUUGAGUUUUAGGAAGCAAUGCAAUUUGAAAGCACACACGAGAACGCACACAGGGGAAAAACCUUUCGCCUGCUCAGUUUGCGGUAAAAGAUUCACCGAAAAAGGACAUUUGAGAACGCACUCAAGAACGCACACUGGGGAGAAACCGUUUGCCUGCUCAGUUUGCGAUCAAAGCUUUUCUGAAAGGGGAAGCUUAAGAAAACACACAAGAACCCACAGUGGGGAAAAACCAUUUGCCUGCUCAGUGUGCGCUAAAACAUUCAGCCAGAAGGGACAUUUAAGAAGGCAUACACGAACACACACUGGAGAGAAACCAUUCAGUUGCAGUGUAUGUGACAAAAGAUUCUGUAAUAAGUAUCAGGUAACAAUACACAAGUGUGCUGGUGAAAAUCAUAGUUGUCAGUGAAGCUUUAAAGAAGCAGCGGCGAAGCUGACUGGUGUAAGCUGUAAAUGUGUAAAGAUGCCUGAAUAAAAUGAAAGUAUUCAAAAUGUUCAGUAUUUUUACAUAUUCUAUUCAUCGCAUGACUAGAUAUUGACACACAAUCAAC